AUGGCUCAUCGCGCAAAAGACUUGAAGCUGCCGUUUAUCGCCCCGUUCACCGCGGAACUCAUAUGGACGCGGUUCAACAUGACCUUGAUGCAAAGGAUUAAGGUCAAGGAACUCUACUGGGGUAAGCGGUAUCCAAUUUUGAAGCUCCUCAAGAACAUGGGAAUAAAAAAUUUCAGGGGUGUCAAGGACGACAAAAUGGGGAUAUACAUAGAGAGAAACGACACAGACGAUGGACUUUACUUGGUGGCUACAGGCAAGAAUAAUCCAGAAGAUUACACUCGCAUCCUGCGCUGGAAUCAGUACACGACGAAGGUGCCGUGGUGGGGCGACACGCCUUGCUCCAUGAUAAACGGCACGGACGGCAACAAUUUCCGUCCCUUCCUCACGAAGGAAUCGAAAAUUUAUGCGUUCAACCCCGACGUCUGCAGUUCUCACCUCAACUUCGAGUCCUUUUUCGAGGAAUGCCUUAUCUUGCUUCUAAAAGCUCCUACAUUCUCACCAGAAUACUCAGAUACUCAGAUCCAGCAAGGAAUCGGAGCACGUCUCCAUUCCUACCGAUUUCCUCACAUUUCCUUGGCUCAUCCGGGUACCCAGUUAGCCACGUUGAAGGAAGGAGUGGAGACAUACGACCACUGGGUGAAACCAUUCGUGCCUGUCUACUGGUACACGUACGUGUUCAACGUCACCAAUCCGGACUGGCAAUCGAAAGGGCAAAGACCGAGGUUCCACGAACUGGGUCCCUAUGUCUACUGGGAAUUCAUGGAGAAGCGUAAUAUAACCUUCUACGACAACGGAACCUUAAGUUACCGACAGUAUAGAGCCUUCUACUUCCAGCCAGACAUGUCAAAGGGGAAGGAGACCGACGAAAUUUACACACUGAAUCCAGUUCUAUUGACAAUGGCUCAUCGCGCAAAAGACUUGAAGCUGCCGUUUAUCGCCCCAUUCACCGCGGAACUCAUAUGGACGCGGUUCAACAUGACCUUGAUGCAAAGGAUUAAGGUCAAAGAACUCUACUGGGGUAAGCGGUACCCAAUUUUGAAGCUCCUCAAGAACAUGGGAAUAAAAAAUUUCAGGGGUGUCAAGGACGACAAAAUGGGGAUAUACAUAGAGAGAAACGACACAGACGAUGGACUUUACUUGGUGGCUACAGGCAAGAAUAAUCCAGAAGAUUACACUCGCAUCCUGCGCUGGAAUCAGUACACGACGAAGGUGCCGUGGUGGGGCGACACGCCUUGCUCCAUGAUAAACGGCACGGACGGCAACAAUUUCCGUCCCUUCCUCACGAAGGAAUCGAAAAUUUAUGCGUUCAACCCCGACGUCUGCAGAUCCGCUCACAUGACCUAUAGGGAACCGAUGGAAUUCAUGGGCGUCCCCGGCUAUCGAUUCAGACCACCCCCGUGCACAUACGUAAGUUCUCGCGAUGACCCGGCCAACGCGUGCUUCUGCGAAACGAAGGAAUGCCUCGGCAACGGAGUCCUCAAUUCCUCGUCCUGCUUGGAAUCGCCGGUGACGUUGUCCUCGCCUCACUUCCUGCAUGCCGACCCCAAAUUCGUGAACGACGCGCCGGGACUGAAGCCUGUGGAGGAGGAACACGGCAGCUACGCCGAGCUGGAACCAAAUAGCGGAGUACCUCUGAGGUUGUCGAAGAAAGUGCAGGUGAGCUUCCAGCUGGCACCGUUGGCCGGAUUCCCCACUCUCCAGGGCGUUCCUGAUAUGAUUUUCCCCGUCACGUGGCUCGAAGAGAAAGCGAUCCUGAGCCCAGAGACGGCAGCCCUGUUCCACACUCGACUCCUGACCCCCCUGCUGAUCUCGAGCACGGUCUCGAAGGCCGCCAUCGUCCUCGGCGUCAUGCUCCUCCUGGCCUGGGUCCCGCUCUACAUCGCGAGGUCGGCCGGUCACCAAGGAGGAAUAAGGGGGUUUCACGGUGGAGCAGAUCCAAACGACGAUCAGAGAAAGAGACGAGAGGCUGAGAAAGAAGAUGGGAGACCGACGGAAGGAGGUUGGGAUAGUGUGGCACUUCCCAGUGCCGAUGGAGCCCGACCGAAUGGUUCUGAAGGUGCACCACUUCCAGAUGAAGUAGAAAGUGUAACUGAACUCGCGUCUGCAGCCCUUAUUGCAGCAACAGCAGAGACAGAUUGUGUUGCCAUGGAAGAUUCAGGAGAUCCACUUUUCAAUUAA